GCCUUCGUGGCUACGUCAUUGAUACGUCUACGUAGUAAGAAAAAUGUCUGCCUCCUAGGAUGGAGUAAAUCUUUCUCGAGUUUCAACGUUCAUACUUUGACGAUGUCAUCAACCGACACACAGCAAGCAACAAUGCCAGAUGUUCUGAAGACAGAGACGAUCCCCGAGGAUCUAAAUAAACAGAACAUGUCAGAACUCCUAAAGAAUGACAAUAAGCCAGUGCUUCCGAUAAAAGACAAGAAACCAGGGCUUCUGACAAAAGACAAUAAUCCUGCGGUUCUAAAGAAGAAAAAGAAGAAGAAGCCUGAGAUUCCGAGAAGGAAGAAGAAACCAGAUGAUCCCAGUAAGCCAGUUCCAUUAAACCUGAACAACGAGGUGGUGAGGAUGAGGAAGGAGGUGAAGAGGGUGAGGGCACUGGUCAUCAGGAAGCUGACCAGGCAGAUAGCAGGUCUGAAGAAGAAGAAAGGGAAGGAGGAAGAUCUGGAGAGGAACCGGAGGAGGGUAGGAAGACUGCUGGAGGAAAUCCAUGAGAUGAAGACACUCAAACCUGAUCCGGUGACCAAGGCUGCCCUCCAGAAGAACCUGAGUUUUGAGUUUGUCUGUAAGAACCCAAAGGCCACCAUCUCUGACCGAGCUGUAGCCCGUAUCGCCACUCACCCCCAGUUCAGCAAGAAGAUAGACACCAUCAAAGCUGCCAUCAAAGCCUUCAAGGAUGAAAGGAUGACAGUGGAGAAAGGAGAGAAGAAAGGAACGGUUAAAAAACAGCCUUCAGAGGUGGUAGAGGUGAUCGAGCAGCCGGAGGACAGUGAUGGAGAAGGAGGGGUGGAAGAGGGGAAGGGAGAGGUAGAGGGAGAUGAAGACGAGAUGGAUGAGGAGGAAGAUGGAACACCUGUGGAGAGUCUAACGGUUGAUGAACCAGCUGUUAUAGAAAAGCAACCUGUUGAUAAGACUGUUAGGGUUACAGAAGAAGAAACUUCCCCAUUAGAGAAUAAAGAGUCCCCCAUAUCGAGUACAGUAUCUGACCCUCAGCCCAAGGAGAUGUCAGAGGCUGAUAAGACUCUGACAGACUCAUCCACUCCCUUCACAAUAGAGGCCCCACAAAUAGUACCUACACAGAACAUAGUAACACAGAACAUAGCAACCAUGAAAAACGCACCACAGAAGCAAGUAACCCAGAAACUCACAAAGGACACUCCAGCCACUCAGAAGACUCAAGACCCCAAACCCCAGAAAGACUCUAAACCUCAAAACAAGGAGGAGGACAAAGAAGGAGAAGAGGAGGAUGACGAUGAUGAGGAAGAGGAAAGCGACUUGGAGUCUUCGGAAGAUGAGGAAAGCGACUUGGAGUCUUCGGAAGACGGAGAGAAGGAGUAUUUUGACGACAGCACGGAGGAGCGUUUCCGUAAGCAGUCCUCCCAGUCGGAUGAGAGCGACAACGACGACUUCUUCCUUGGGAAAGUCACCAAGUUCAAGAAGAAGAAGAGUGACACGGCUACAGCGCCACCAGGAGGAGGGGAGGGGAAGAGCAGCGUGCUGGGGAAAAACCCACUGCUGGAACCACUGGAGAGCUUAGAACCACACCAGACGGAACUGGAUAAACUGGAGUCCAGGUUGAACUCCAAGGGGAAGUCUGUCUUCUGCUCCAGCCUGUCUGGUUCCAGAGGUGGCAGGGGUGGAGGUAGAGGUGGAGGCAGGGGUGGAGGUAGAGGUGGAGGCAGGGGUAUGGGCCGAGGAGGGGACUUCAAGAACCGGGGAAGAGGGGGACAUGAUAGGGGUUCUGGAAGGGGAAGGGGAGACUUUGGCCGGCAACAGGAACGCAGAGGGAUCUCCUCCACCCCUUCAUCUCAGCCACCACAGCAGGCUCUGCACCCAUCAUGGGAGGCCAGUAAGAAGAGGAAGGAGCAGCAGACUGUGAUAGUGGCCUUCCAGGGAAAGAAGAUCAAGUUUGAUGAUGAUUGAGCUAGGGCUGGGUGAUAUGCCCGAAACACAUCACAACAUUUUUAACGGUGUUUGGCUGUAUUUUAUGUUUUUGAAUAAAAGUUCUACAUUUACA